AUGAUUAGAGUCGUCCCCGUUUUUGAGGCCCUUGCAAAGCUGCCGGAGCCUUGCAAACCAGAGAGCCUUGGAAUCGACGUACUCCACAGCGUCUUGGCCGUGCAGCCCGAGGAGCAUGCUUUGGACGAAGAGCCUUGCGAGCCCGAGGAAUAUCUCACUGUCACGGCAGGUAAGCAGUCGCCUUUGGAUUCUCGUUCAAGUACUUGCAUGCCAUCCACACUCGAGGAAAUGGUGGAUUUUGAGGAUGGAGAUGCCGGGACCGAUUCACGCCACUCUUUCUUCUCGCGAUCAUGGGCAGAUGACACAGACCACAAUCGCCCGCCAAAUCGACUUCUGCAUGACCAUCACAACAUCCGCAUGAAGGGGUUUCUGAAGGCCGUGUCAGCAUCCUCCGCAGACUUGGAGCAUAAGGUCCGACUCUUCCGUGGCGGCUCGGCCGAUGUGCCGGCAGCAAGAAUGGGUUGGCUCUGGCGCAGAGGGUGA